CCAGAGUUCAAAGAGGCGUUCAGCCUGUUCGACAAAGAUGGCGACGGCACCAUCACCACCAAAGAGCUGGGCACAGUCAUGAGAUCCCUGGGACAGAACCCCACAGAGGCCGAGCUACAGGACAUGAUCAACGAGGUGGACGCUGACGGCAACGGCACCAUCGACUUCCCCGAGUUCCUCACAAUGAUGGCCAGAAAGAUCAAAGACACAGACUCGGAGGAAGAAUUGAGAGAAGCGUUCCGAGUCUUCGACAAGGACGGUAACGGUUUUAUUUCUGCUGCCGAACUACGUCACGUGAUGACGAAUCUGGGUGAGAAGUUGACGGACGAGGAGGUGGAUGAGAUGAUCCGGGAGGCGGACAUGGAUGGGGAUGGACAGGUCAACUAUGAAGAAUUUGUUCGCAUGAUGACAACGAAGUGAAAGCUGUGUGAAAUCAUUUCCUGGAGCGAGUGAAUCGUCGUUGGAUGGACAGAUCGUGUAUUUGCGUCGCCUUAACCCCGUGUGCAACAUCCGUCACAACUACCAAUGUGUUGUCUUCAACGAAACCAAAACGUGUUUGGCGACUUGACUCAGUGAGAUUUUUACUCUGACUGUUGAAUCAUCAAAAUCAGGAGAGAUAAAUGUGCCUUACUGUUACUCGGCAUUCAUCGUCCGUGCCGUCAAUAUAACAAGAAGAUCUCGAGUUAGGAGUACGCUCGACUGCUUGGGUGCCAGGUUACAUGCUAUUUCUGUUGUCUGUCACGCUAGAGAAUGGGAUGCAACCUUGGUGGUGGUAUUGCAAGCAAGGAGCAGCGAGAAGCAUUCUGUCCCGCAGCUCAAACUCUCUUGUAAUGUGGUUUCAAUUUGUUUUUCUUUUUUCCCCCUCUUUUCGUCUGGAAAGAGGACUGGAGUACCUGUUGAAGCUGAACGUAUUUUUCGCAAUAUCUGCACUUGUUGAUUUGACUGAAAGGCAUGUUUGAAGUUCAGAGAAGAAGAAAAAUUGUUUUACAGUGUGAGGUAUAGAAUCUAUUAUUGUGAAUAGGCCCAGGAGUACUUCUUCGGAGCGGUGGAGCGCGAUGAUAAAUUAAUGGAUUUGAUUGUUCGUUAUUUAUGAGUAAACUUUUUGUGUCGUGGAUAACAUAGCUAUUUGCAGUUUUUUUUCGAUUGUGGUUUUGUCUAUUUUAAAAGGAGCAUCAGUUGAAUACAUAAUUAAAAGCCAAAGUGUCAGCUUAAAAGAAAAACCCCAACAAAUAUUCAGAAACCGAUUUUUAGUAGGCGUUUGGAAGAGUAAUUGCCCAAUUGUUUUUCUUGCAUUCUGGUCCUUCUCCCAUUCAGACGUCGAACUUUCAUAUCUCUAUAAGCUGCCAAAUCAAUGAUUAGGUCAAUGAUGCACAGCCACAGGCAGAAAUCAUCCUGAGUAUAAUAUAAGUCCAAACAGCUUUUGUCUUUAUCACUCCUCAGUUAGUUUGUUGAGUUGAUCUCUUUUCGCGUCAUUGUGUGAGUUAAAUAAUGUUGUUGCUGCUUAAAAUGUUUGUGAUUCCUUGGUCUGUAAGAGGGUGUUUGAUUGCUUCGUAGCUUAUGACUGUUGACGGAGUUGCUCAUUGAUCAUCGAGCGCGGAUGUAAAAAUGUGGUUAAAUAAAAUUGUAUACAUCAUUUAUAAUAGGAUACAAUGUACUUUAUUGACGAGUCGGGUACUUCAGCUCCGUCUCUCAGGACGAGACCGUGCUGAAUGAGAUACAGUAUCCCUGCGGGAAGCUGGAGAUACUUGAGUGAAUGACUUUCUCACACUGCAAUCGAACCAAUGUCGUUUAAGAUUGUUCAUGCAACGGUUGAAAGAAUUAAAACUAUUACAUCUCAGAUUCAGGUACAUUGUCUCCGUGGGAUGACGGAAUUCAUGGAGUGUGAGUGUGUGCGAGAGUAGAGCAAAAUGUGACAAUUAAUUGGCAUUUAGGUGUAUAAGUGUUUGAAAGAUGCUUUUGAUACCUCAACUAUGUUGUUUAAAGGUGCUUACAACGUUUUCCCGUGUGAGUCUUAUUAACUAUUUAUAUGUAUAUUUUUGUGUACUUUCACUACACUCAUCACAAGUACAAAGCUAUAUUUAUUCUUCCAAUUUUGACAAAAAAACAACAACAACAACAUUACACCAUUAUUUUCGUCAAUCAGACAUGUUCUUCCUUUUUCUUUCCUUUCCUUGAAACUGAUAAUAAAGCUACUGAAAUUCUCC